CCAACAUCCAAUUCUUGGUAACGUGAUCUCAAGCCAAAGUGAAUAGUAUACCAUGGUUGAGCAAGGCAGCUAUCAGCUGGCUGGGAACCAUGGCCCCCCUCCCUUGCCUCUUGACCUUCGUGAGCAUAAAUUACAUAUUCUCUUGCAAUGGGGGAUUAUUCUCCUCACGUCCUGUAUAGCACCAUUGGUGCUCUAUCCAAGUUUACACUGGGGGGCGGAUUUAUCCCUCAAGAUUUCUCUCAGCGUAUCGAGCGCAAUCCUAGGGGCAUCGACCUUAUACUCGUUGGGCAUACGAACGUGGCGACUAUUCAAGUCGACAUCGAAUUGCCGACCCCGCACAUCUGAAAGUCGCUGGAGUUUCGAUUUCUUCCACUGGAACUAUCUUCUGGGGUUUGUGCUCGUCACAAUCAUUAUUGUGGUUGGCUUGACGGAAGAUCCUCCUAGUGUACGAAUGACAGCUUUGCCACCGUCUAUUCUGCUCCUGCAAGUUGGCCUCACACUCAUCAUUGUCGGAAUUCUGGCAAAGCUUCGCAUACGGCAACCAUUCGCAGUGUCUUCUAUGCCUGCAGGUACAGAAUUUCGUCCAGGUAUCUUAGUGAUCAUCGAAGAUGUCGUUGCGGUGGACGGGGGCCGAGGCGGGAUAUACCGUCUCGCCCUAAUGGAAAGGUAUGCAGCCAGCUUACGGUUUCGACGACUAAUUGAGGAUCUCAAUUGGUUCUGGGGAUUUGGUGGGCUUUUUAUGGGCAUUGUUUUGAUAUGUAUACUUGCAUCGGUUGGCAGUCAGACCUUUGCGUUUGGGUUGGGGUGGACUGUCCCAUGGAUUUGGGCAGGUGUCUGGGCAGUCAUCACGACUUACUGGGUGAAAUCUGCGCUGAGGGAAGAGAAGCUUAUCUGGUCGGAGAGCCAGAAAGUAGUGGAGGUGUAGACCUUAGCUUCUGGAUGUUUUACUUAACGGGCUCGACGAGGUAUGAAUAUAUGUAUCGGAUUCAAAUGAAGGAAUCUCAGAAUACCGUUGUGCGGAGAGGGAAGCUUCAGCUUUUAAUUGUCGCAGAGACUUAUAUAUAUAUAUAACAGGUCUGCUUUGCGCUUGUACCCAAUGCCUGGGCCGUGGGGUUGGAAAGAGCCGUGGAGGCUAGGCUUGGUCAGUGAAUUAUUUCUAAGUUAAGAACUAAGCC